GUAAACUGGAGUUAUAAAUGUGAGGAAUUGGGAUCCAAUCCACCACCGACGAUAACAGGUCAAUUUACGCGGUUUUUUAUCACUGCUGAAGUGCCGAUUGCCACUUAACAUCUGUGCCUCUACACACACACACACACACUCCCUCUGAUCUGCAAUAAUGCUUCGUAUUUCACUAAUUCUACUACUCGUUUUCAUAAUUAAUAAUAACAGCAUUCAUGUCCACUGCAAGACCCUUAAAAGAGACGUGAAAGCUUUGAAUGAAAUAAAAGCAUCACUUGGAUGGAGAGUGGUGUAUGCGUGGGUUGGAGAUGAUCCAUGUGGAGAUGGCGAUUUACCUGCUUGGUCUGGUGUCAAAUGCUCCACACUUGGUGAUUAUCGUGUUGUUACUGAACUAGAAGUUUACGCCGUGUCAAUUGUUGGGCCUUUUCCUACUGCUGUAACCAAUUUGCUAGAUCUUACUAGGCUGGAUCUUCACAACAAUAAGUUGACUGGACCAAUUCCACCACAAAUUGGGCGUCUAAAGCGGCUUAGGAUACUUAAUUUGAGAUGGAAUAAGCUGCAGGAUGUCAUUCCUCCUGAAAUUGGCGAACUAAAGAAGUUAACACACCUAUACUUGAGUUUCAAUAGCUUCAAAGGGGAAAUACCUAGGGAGCUUGCUAAUCUUCCCGAGCUUCAAUAUCUUCAUCUGCAUCAAAAUCGUUUCAUUGGGCGUAUUCCAGCAGAAUUGGGCUCCUUGCAGAAUCUUCGCCAUUUGGAUGUUGGUGACAAUCAUUUGGUUGGAACAAUAAGGGAACUAAUACGUUUAGAAGGAUGUUUUCCUGCUCUGCGCAACCUCUAUUUAAAUAACAACUAUCUGACGGGAGGUAUUCCUGCACAGCUUGCAAACUUGACGAAACUUGAAAUUUUGCAUUUAUCUUACAACAAAAUGUCUGGGAUAGUGCCAUUUGGACUUGCUCAUAUUCCCAAACUAACUUACUUGUACUUGGAUCACAAUCAGUUUAGUGGGAGAAUUCCGGAUGCCUUCUACAAGCAUCCUUAUUUGAAAGAAUUAUACAUUGAAGGAAAUGCAUUUAGGCCAGGUGUGAACCCAAUUGGUAUUCACAAAGUACUUGAACUUUCAGACUCAGAUUUCCUGUUUUAAUCAGCUUCAUUACUCAAUUUAUCUACUGAAUAGUUAGCUUACUAUACACCACCACGAAAACAAGUAUUUAUCAGUGACUCUCCGUGAUGAUUCGAGAAUUUUGGAGUAUGUGUUCUUGUAAUCUUGUGUAGCUCAGCAUCCAAUUCUUAAAUGUUCCAAAGAAUUCAACUGUAUAAUACAUGUAAUGCCUUUUUCAAGUUGUAAGGAUUGGAUCACUGCAUUAUUCAAUACAUCUCUUUUGUUUUCUUCU